UGGUAGACUGGACUGACAGGUCUGUCCUCCGGCACUAAUACUGUGUGUUUCAUUUGGGACUUGAACCAGGAGGACUACCGGCUGAACAGGAGACCUUUGAGGCGAUGAGAACUUCUUACUGGAGGUUAGUGAAGUUACUCUCUGUCUCAGUGGUGCUCUUCCUGUCUGUCCAUGUCCUAGUGAGUAGAAAACAUCCGCCCAAGCCAAUAAGUCCACUUCCGGUGGAGGAGUACCGCCUCAUCUCCCCUGAGACAUACCAGUAUCACCUCAACCAGCCUGCAGUAUGCAAGGACAGACCCAGAGCCCCCUUCCUGGUGUUCAUGGUCCCAGUUGCUCCUCUGGAGGUCCUAGCCAGGGAGGCCAUCAGGAAGACAUGGGGUGCUCCAGGUGAGGACACCUUAACUCUGUUCUAUGUGGGUCUCCCUGAUGGGGGACAGGUGUCCAGCAGCAUCCAGGCCGAGCUGGAGGAGGAGAGUAGGACACAUGGAGACAUCAUCCAGAUGAACUUCCAGGAUAGCUACCAGAACCUGACAAUCAAGACCAUGAUGAUGAUGAACUGGCUGGCGACCCACUGCCCGGACGCCUCCUACGCCAUGAAGGUGGACGCUGACGUCUUCGUGAAUGUGUUCCACCUCAUCAGGAGGCUGAGGAGGUCCCCCAGGCAGGGGUUCAUCACGGGGUCCCUGAUAAGCGAUGGCAGACCGAGGAGGGACGGGAACAGCAAGUGGCACGUCUCGGAGGAGCUGUACCCGGAGGACAGCUUCCCACCGUACGUGUCCGGAGCCGGGUACGUCUUCUCCGCAGACCUGGCCGCCAGGAUCUCCUGGGCGUCUAGGUUCGUCAGGAUGAUCCCCCUGGAGGACGUCUACGUGGGGCUGUGUCUGCGCGUGCUGAACGUCCGGCCGGUGUACUCCCUCAGCCUGCUGACCUUCAGGAACCUGUUUGAGAUCCGACAGUUGGAGUACGACAGGUGCACGUUUGUCGGACUGGUCAUCGCCAACAGAUUUAAGCCAUCACAGCUGCUGCACAUGUGGCAGGACUUCUCCAAAGGCCACAGCAGCUGUUACCAAGUGUUUCACCGUUAAGACGAGCAAUAGUGAAAUCAGUAGCCUGCUGUAAAGGAACAAAAAGCCAUUCAACACACAGCCAAUGGGUGGGGGGGUUCAGGUUAAAGGGUUAGUUGUGUUAACAAACAUAAGAAAUUCUAGGAGUUAAAUUAUAUAAAUACUAUUAAUUAUCAGGGAAUUAAACACAUCUUUACAGAGAUGUAAAAGAAUGAAGUUCUGAAAUGAGUUUGUCAAUGAAUCAAUUGGUCAAUCAGCAAAAUUAAUUGACAACAAUGUUGUCCCAACCUGGGGA